AUGGGCUUGACUUUUGCGGAUAUACAGUCUUUGUCUAGAGAGGAGACCGCUUUGUAUCCGACAUAUGAUCCUCUGCCGGUGCUGUCAGAGUACAGCGAGGACGAAAGGCGCAUCGCCGAGCUGCAGAUCGGCUUUGCCACCCGCCUGCGCCAGUCUGCCUACUAUGUCGUAGAGCCCACCAAAACACAGAGCCGAAGUGUAGAAUUACCUCGGUAUUCUGACAAGUAUCGACCGUCAGCCGCAAAACAGCCUACACUACGCAGGCAAGACCUGCACCAGCCAUUCUUCCCGCAAGAGAUAUUCGAGGGCUACUUCAAUCCCAAGAAGCGUAAAAUCACUGAAAGGAAGGGUCCAAGGAAGAAGAUCAACCUCGACGCAUUGGGCGAGGACGCCGAAGACGCGGAAAAGGAAGACGAGGAGCGCUCCGAGAUCGGUUCGCAGGCGGCGGAAGAAGACUAUGAUGUCGACGAAGAGUACGACAACGACUACGCCGACAACUACUUCGACAAUGGCGAAGGCGAUGAAGCUGACGGCCUCGGCGACGGAGGAGGCGUUGACGAAGGCUUAGGUGGAGGCGGAGGCGGAGGCGGAUACGACUACGACUAA